AUGCAGAAUACUUGCCAGUUCCCGCUUCUUGUCCAGACUCCUCAUCAACUACCUUCUACCCUUAUUGUCCGACCACGUCCGAGGUUUUGUGUUCUACGUCCUGGGGGAUUCUGGACGCCUCUGAUUCCACUUGACGAAUUGCCUCACUGGUUGGAGAUUCGCAACUGGGCCCCUGACAUACACAUGGGAAUGUACCCAGCCUCGAUGAGCUAUAUGCCACGGGAGGGCUCAUACGAUGUUGUUUGUCACCACUGCGGCCACGGUCUAGAUUCGCUACAACAGAGCGUUUCAGAACGAGAAGCUUGGUCCGUUGAAGCCAGCAAUGCUGCGUCGAGCAAAAACUCUUCUGAACCAGCGUUGGCGCCAAAGCCCCAGCAUACCGAGGCAGUUGGCGUUCCUACGGUCUAUAAGAGUUCUCCCAAUCAGGUCUUGCAGCAACCUCCUUUCGGAAACAUCUUGCAGACCCCUUUUGUUGGAAUGUGUGUAGUUGAUAUGCAUGCUCAAUAUCCCAAUAUUCCUGCAGAUACCUCUGGACCGAGAAGACGGAUGAGUAUUGAGAAUUCGGCUCCACCUCCGAUAUUUGGGAUCAAUGUUGGCAGCCCUUCACUUUCCAUGGCCUCGUCAGGAAACGCUCGCAGACCUGAUUCUCCGUGGCCGGGUACUCCUAGUCCACCGCAUGCACAUUCUGGAUCGUUUGGCAAGCCCCAGCACGGUGGGUCUUUCAAAACUGAAAGUAUCGCAUCGAUGCAGAGUGCCAGCGUUGCAUCCACUCGAUCCCUCACAGCUGCUGCUCUACAGCAAAUGAGGAGGAUGCGAAGCAGAAGACUCUCGCGCGGAAGCAGUUUACAUACAAACAUCAGUGCUACGGGUACAAAAAGUCUGUCUCAAGUCUCGGUCUCAAAGCUUUCCAGGGGUUCCAAAGCUUCCAUGAUUUCAAAGGCUUCCAAGGUCACCUCUGUCGUUUCCUCCGUCCGUGUUAUCUCAAAGCAUCGUCGAAAGGUUCUCUUGCGUCGCCAGCGUGCAGAAGCAAGGAGGGCCAUUCAGCCACCACUUUCAGCGGUCUCGGUGGAGGCGCCUGAGCCAAAGCCAGAGCAAGUGAAUUCAGCUACCAAGAGACGUGAUCGACGUGAGCGCAUGAUGCAAAAGAGAAAGCAAUCUGAUCGGGGCAAGCAGCCAUAUCGGAACAUGAUGCGGAUUCCCAAUUGGAGCCCGGGUAUGUCUAAGCACUAA